AUGGGAGCAGGCUGCCUGUCUGUCCUGCACAACCAAUGCUGCCGUUGGCAAAUCAAACCCACGCCGCAAUCUAUCUGGGCCAUCCAGACCCGCGCUUGCCUAUUGGGUCCGUCUACACCCAAACUGCACACCCAGGUUUUGCCCUCGCUCGACUCUACCAUCUACAGCCUAUACUAUAUCUUAUGCACUCUUGCGGCUUUUCUUCUCUUCCCCAAACCCCAUUUUUCCCUUUCAUCUAAUAUUAAAGUGCUUGACCUUCUCAAACAGGCAAUGGAGCAACACGGCCACAGAACGUCUGUUGAACAGCCCACAUCUCGUGCUGCUCCAACAUCUGUAGCAAUAUCGCUAAACCUCAUACACCGUUUGCUAAUUUGUCGUAUUACUUACAACAUCACCAACUCGCUCGUCGGAAUUGCACCAACCAUACAACGCAUUGCAACACCGCCUUCUCGUAUCGCACUCACCAUCGAUAUAUCCUAAAUUUCCAUGGCCAUUUGUGCCAAGCUUAGGACCACACCAUACCCGGCACCAUUCCGCUGCCCAUAGGGCCAAAACACGAAGACCGCGGUACAUUUCCACGCCACACGUCCACCAACACACUGCUAAUCGGUAGCUUGCACAACCAUCCAAUCGUCGGCCCGUCGUCGGUAGCCUUGCUCCCUCUAGCAAGCGGGUACUGCAGCCUGACCUAUGGGAUCUGCUGACCUCUUACACUGUGUGCGGUAUAGCACAGCGCCAUCCACCUUUUUCGCGGCUGGAUAAGUGGAACAUCACCCAUCGUCAUUAUAUACUACGUACCUCACCUGAAGGGGAUCACUGCUCUAAGAACCAGACCAUGAUCAACUUGGGGAAUUUCAAAAGCCAUCACUCGGAAAAGAGAUGCUGACUGUCAUUUUAUUUCCCCAUUAAGUUUCAUCUUCCGCGCUAGGAAAUACCCCCAACCUCGCACCAGAGAAAGAAACCUAGCAAAAAGUAGUUUUUUCUAGAACUCUCAACAAACAACAAGAGCAACGCCACUCGCACACUUCUCACAGCCUAAACUACUCACUAACCAAACCACGCUGUCCUAUUCCCGUUCAGCGUCCCUGCAUAAAGCGUCGAUAUCCGCCGACGAUCCACAUUUAUGUAAAUGUAUUCCCCCACACAUCCAAGUGCUCUCCACAGCGUCUC